AUGCCGAAAAUUGAAAUAAAGAAAUUUGAUGGAAAUGUCAAAAAUUGGAUAAAUUUUUGGGGCCAGUUUAGAAAAAUCGAUGAAGACGCAGACCUUCCAAAUGAAGACAAGUUGCAAUACCUGAUCCAAUCAACAGAAGAUGGCACGCCAGCCAGAAGCCUUGUAGAAAGUUUCCCACCUUCCGCUGAAAAUUAUAAAAUAGCCAUUGACCAACUGAAAAAUAGAUUCGCAAGGGACGAAAUUUUAAUUGAGGUAUACGUGAGGGAGUUAUUAAAUUUAAUUAUAAAUCAACAAACCUCAAAGGAGGACCCAGGUAUGGCUUUAUCUACUUUGUAUGAUAGGUUGGAGACUCAGCUUAGGGCUUUGGGAACACUAGGUGUUACUAGCGACAAGUAUGCAGCGAUGCUUUUGCCACUUGUUGAAUCCACGCUACCUUAUGAGUUGCUUAAAAUUUGGGAAAGAAAUAGGGCUUCUAAUAAUUUAAAAUUUAAUAAUGAGUUGCAGGGUCUACUAGAGUUCCUGAAAACAGAAGUGGAGGCCGAAGAGCGUGUAAAACUUGCUCAGUCUAGUUUCACAGUUCCAAAAAGUAUUGACGAUAAGUAUACUGUAGAAACCUUACAUACAGAGAGUUUAAAAACCAAGCGUAAGCAAAAGUUUUCUUGUAUUUUUUGCGAAAGCAAUACACAUGCCAGUCAGGACUGCAUUAAAGCUCAGAAAAUGACUUUAGAGCAGAAAAAAUCCAUUAUAAGUAAAAAAUGGAGUUGUUUUUCAUGUUUAAAGCAGUUUCACAAUUUUCGAACAUGCAAAACAACUGUCAAAUGUAUAAAAUGCGCUCGCAAGUAUUUUACAUUAAUGUGUCCUGAUUUGCAUGAAAAAGAAAACAAAAAUAGAGAUUUGCAAAAAUCAGAAUCUUUAGAAAAUACAUUAACAACUGUCGCUUCUGAAACUUUACUGAAAAAGAUCAAUGUUAGGGUUAUUUCUGAUAAUAAAAGGUCAAUGACAGUAAGGGCACUGCUAGAUUCGGGUUCGCAACGUUCCUAUAUAACUACAAAAUGCGCGGAAGAUUUAGGGUUAACUAAAAUUGGACAAGAAAAUAUAGUUCAAGGUGUUUUUGGUGGGUUGCAGGGAGCUCCAAAGAUUCAUCGUUUGUUUAAGGCAGGUAUAGAAAGUUUAGAAAAUUUAUUCAGCAUUGGGUUAUCUUUACUGGAACAAUCUAAAAUUUGCAAUUACGUUCCAAAAUUAAUUGAUCAAAAGGUGCUAGAUUUAUUAAAAGAUAAAAAUAUUUAUAUAAAUGAUUCUGCUUCUAAAGAAUUAGAGGUUAAUUUAUUAAUUGGGGCAGACAUGUUUGGUCACAUCAUAACGGGAAACUUGGUAAACAUAAAUGAUUCUUCAGAAGCUUUGGAAACCAAGUUUGGUUGGACCGUUAUGGGGACACAAAAAAGUAAUAAUAAAAUAAACACGUUUGUUUCAACUUAUUUUAUUGACUCAUUGAGUAAUUUAUGGAGUUUAGAUGUUCUGGGUAUAAAAGAUCCAGCAGAGACGAAAUGUCGAGAAGAGUUAGACAUUCUCACGUUAGAAAAAUUUAAAGAAAGCACUGUGGUAAAUAGUGAAAAUAUAUAUGAAGUUUGUUUACCAUGGGCAGAAGGUUAUCCGGCUAUAACCUCUAAUUUUAAUUUAGCUGAAAAGCGACUUUUUUCUACCACAAAACGGUUACUUUCUCUGAACAAGCUUACAGAGUAUGACAAUAUAUUUCAAGAUUGGGAAAAUACAGGAAUCAUUGAAGAAGUAGAAGAAGAGCCGUUGGAAAAGAAUACGCACUACUUGGCACAUCACGCAGUUGUCAAAGAGUCCAGUUUAACUACGAAGAUCCGACCAGUGUUUGAUGCAUCAGCUAAAGAUGGUAACGGUAAUUCUGUUAAUGAUUUACUGGAAAAGGGUCCAAAUCUAAUUGAGCUAAUAAUACCUUUAAUUUUAAAGUUCAGGUUACAUAAAAUUGGGGUAACGUCAGACAUAGCGAAGGCAUUUUUGCAGAUAAGCAUUUCAGAGAAAGAUAGGGAUUUUUUACGAUUUUUGUGGUGGAAAAACUAUGAAAAAAGAGAAAUAAAAAUAUUUAGACAUUGUAGAGUAGUUUUUGGGCUAAAGCCAAGUCCGUUUCUUUUAGCAGCAACAGUUAAUUUGCAUUUAGAAAAGGAAAACACAUACACAGAAACAGCUAAUCAACUUCUUAACGCAUUUUACGUAGACAAUUGUGUUUUUAGCGUUAGGAAUGAAACAGAAUUUAAAAAAAUUAUUGAUGAGUCAACAGAAAUUCUAAAGAAUGCAAAAUUUGAUCUUAGGGGGUGGACUUUUAAUGAAAAUAACGAUACGUAUGUUUCUAGCGUCAAUGAAAAAUUAGAAAAUAAGGUUAUCUCUAUUUUGGGUAUACAGUGGAAUUACCAAACUGACACUUUAGCGUGUGAUAUAAAAAAUUUAGACAGUCUUUACGAGACUCCUAGAACAAAAAGAGGCAUUUUAUCUGCAACGCAGAGAGUUUUUGAUCCUAUUGGUUUCACGUUACCGAACAUUUACGUUACCGAAAAAAAAUUACCUGACGAUAUCAAAAAACGUUUCGAAAUUUGGUUAAAAAGUGUUAAAUGUCUCAAUUUUUGUAACAUACAUAGAUAUUUAGCAUAUCCAGAAGAAGAGAACCUAAUAAUAAAUAAAACUCUUCACGUUUUCGUUGACGCUAGUAAAUACGCUUAUGCCGCUUGCGUUUUUAUUAGGCUAGAAUUUCAAAAUUCAAUUUCAAUCAAACUUUUGUUAGCAAAAUCGCGUUUAAGUCCAGUUAAAACGAUUACUCUCCCUAGGUUAGAAUUAAUGGCUGCUGUGAUAGGUGUUAGGUUAUUAGAAACUGUUAAAGAAGUAACAGACUUUACAGAGCUUAAAACGUACUACUGGAGUGAUUCGAUGGUUGUCUUAACCUGGAUUAAAACAAAGGGUCUUUGGAAUACUUUUUUAGGAAACCGGGUAAAAGAGAUUAAAAAAUAUUCUGCAGUAUAUCAGUGGCGCCACGUGCCAGGUGAUAUGAAUAUUGCAGACGUUUUAUCACAAGGAUGUAGCGGGAAACAACUUUUGGAAAAACAAUGGUGGAAGGGCCCUCAAUGGCUCAAAGAACCAGAAAAUAUGUGGCCAAAAGGAGAAUCCAGCCUUCUAGUGGAGCAUUGA